CAUUCACCUCAGCAACAGAGGUGUGUUUACCGAAGAAACAGCAGACUCUGCUGUCAGCGGGUUCAGCGAGGCAGAAGGCCUCAUUGCAGGACAAUAACAGGUUCAGCGUGUAAGAGGACGGGAGGGGACCGUCUUCCAGGACUUUGUGUCUUGAGUGUGUUUGUUUUAAGAUCGGAUCCUUAGAAAGCUGUUUGGUUUCUUCUCCCCCGUCUGUGUUGAAAACAGAUGGAUCUGAGCCUGUAUGAGUGUUUUGUGUUGCUUAUCUCGUGCUGAGGAUAGCCUGGAGCGUUGUGUAAACAGACACAGGAGGGUGAUGAAGAGGAGGCAGCUAUCUACUGCUGUCUAAUGCUUCACAUGUCCCUGAUUUACAGGCAUGGUAAAAAGAAAGUACACCCCCUCCCCCUAUUCAGAUUCAGAGCUGUAAGGAUCAGGUAUUAACCUGGUCUGGUUUUUAGCAGCUAUCAGUUGUAUUUUAAUCUUAUCUCUAGUGUGCAAACACAAACAGCCUGUUCCACUCUGUCAUCAUUUACUUAACGGAAAUGAAGUCAAUAAGUCUGUCUCCUCUUCCUUCAUUGUGUCCUCUUUCAUUACUUGUGUCCUUGUUUCCUCCUUCCUUGUGACCUACCUCUGUUCUUUCAUUAUGUCCUUCCUUUGUUCUUUUUGUCCCUAUUUAUUUCCUUGUGUCCUUUGUCCCUUCAUUGUGUCUCUUCUUCAUUCCUUCGUUCCUUCCUUCCUUCUAUCUCUGGAAAUAAGUAUCUGCAAAAGUAAAGAUUUAUGAUGCGAAGAAUUUGUGGAAAUCCUGGCAGGAAAACCUUUCCUGCACAACCAUGUGCCUCUUUGUGUAGGGCCUUCUUGUUAAGAAUUAGAGCGUCGAUCUGGGAGAUUUCACACAAUGAGAUAUAAACAAGACACAAGUAGCUGCGAGUCCAGAUGGAGAACAAUGCUGUGAUGGUCAGAGCUUCUGCUUGAUUAAUGGUUGUUUUUUUUAGGAGAAGAGGAAGUCACGCCUAUAUAAGGACUUUGUGGCUGACGCCCCAAACCCUAAUGAGCACGUGCAGAAAGAGAUGUGACCACAGUGAUUGGGGACCUGGGAAGGGGGGAGCGCUGGUGUCACUGCAGUCGCCACCUUUUAGGCCUUCAGAGGAAAGCAGAAACAGUGACGGGCUUUAACCUGCCCAUCACAUUAAUGUGCUGUAAUCAGACUUCCAGUGCACGUGAUCCGGAUUCUGUUCUGGUCCAAUUACUCUCUGAUCUGAUAAAGUGUUGCAGAGCUCCCUGCUGUUCUCUACAUGAGAUUAGGCACAUUAAACAUCAAGCUUUGUUCCUUAACACACACCAAAGGUGCAACCAGAUAAGGGGUCUGGUUUUACACCAAGGACUACUGCUCAUCUCCCUGGGAGGACUGGUCCCUGGAUUUAUCACAGGGAGGGAGGAGAGUUGUGGCAGAGGCGGAGUGUUUGGGAAUGGAAGGAGGAACAGUUAGAGGAGCCUGAGUGAAGUUUGGGAAGCUGCACAUACUUUUGACAGAUGGAGAAAGACAGAAGCUGUUAGACUUGUUGAAAAACAAGUUCUGUAGAAAAAGAACAUUUUAAUAGUUUUAUAGUGUUUAUUUAUUUAACUCUUCAACUUUCCAACACUUUUUUUGGGCUUUUCAGUACAUCUCCUGUGUGCUUGUCCAUGUUUUAGGUUUUUUUUGUAGGUGUGUGUGUUGUAUAGUAAACCAUGGAGCUGGAGCAUUUAGGAGGUGGGGGGGUUAAACCUGAGAGGGCCGUCAGUCGCCUCUACAAGAUUGCUCUGGCCAUGUGUGUGUGCCUCUGUGCUGCUCUUCUGCUCGGUCUCAUACUGGUCUCUCACAAAUCCAGUCAAGAGGAGUUCUGUCUUUCCCCAGAGUGCAUUGAAGCAGCGGGGUCUAUACUGAGUAAAUUAGACGGGUCUGUCAACCCCUGUGAGGACUUCUACACGUUCUCUUGUGGCGGUUGGUUGAAGGACAACCCGAUUCCUGAAGACUCGUCUUCACACGGCAUCUACCCCUGGCUGAGGCAGCAUGUAGACAUAAGACUGAAAGACUUGUUAGAGGCUCCUUCGGAUGCAAAAGAGCUGGAGGCUGUGACCAAAGCCAAGAUCCUGUAUCGCUCCUGUAUGAAUGAAAGCAUACUGGAAGAACUGGACACCAGACCUCUGCUAAAAAUGCUCAGACAGCCUGAGUUUCGGUGGCCUGUGGUGGGGGAUGAGCUUGGUGGGGAGUACCAGUGGUCACAGAGUCAGUGGAGUCUCUUGAAGACGUUAGCAGAGAUAAGGAACCAGCACAGUAAGAGCGUCCUUAUUCGCCUGUACAUCUCCCCUGAUGACAAAAACUCCUCGUAUUACAUCAUUAAGCUCGAUCAGGCUUCCUUGUCUCUUUUUUCAAAGGAGGACUACACCACCAACACUUCCGCUGCUCAGGAGAACCGAGCUGCAUUGCUGAGUCUGAUGGUGGACAUGGCUGUCAUGUUGGGUGCCCCAAAGCAAGCAGCUAAGGCCCAGAUGGAAAAGGCUCUUGACUUUGAGACCAAAAUUGCUCAUAUUCUGAUUCCCUAUGAAAACCGUACCAGUGAGAACAUGUACAACAGAUACAGUCUUUCUCGCUUGCAGCGCUCCAUGCCACAGUUUGAUUGGCUUGGUUUUGUAAAGGCUGUGGUUGAGUCUAAAGAUGAUCCAAGUCUCUCUAUUUCGUCCUCUGAGCCCGUCAUCGUCAGAACACCAAAGUAUUUCAAGGACCUCAUGAAGCUCAUCAACAGCACAGAUUCCAGGACAGUAGCUAACUACAUCCAGUGGCGGACAGUCUUUUCUAAGAUCACCACUCUGAGUCGUCGUUUUCUCUACAGAUACCUCGACUUUGCUCGGGUCACCACAGGAACUACCUCUCUGACUCCACGCUGGGAUAAGUGUGUUAACUACGUUGAGAACUCCCUGGUUUAUGCCACUGGGCGCCUCUUUAUCGACACACACUUCCAGGAGGACAAGAAACACAUGAUGGAAGAGCUAAUUGAGGGGAUUCGGUGGGCUUUUAUCAACAUGCUGGAGAAGGAAAAUGAUUGGAUGGAUCAACAAACAAAGAUGAAAGCCAUAGAAAAGGCUCACGCAGUCCUGGCUAAGGUUGGGUACCCAGAGUUUAUUUUGAAUGAUACCUACCUCACUGAAGAUUUAAAACAGCUAGAGUUCAAUGAAAAGGAUUACUAUGGCAACGUGAUGCAGACACUGAAAUUUAUUGCCCAGUCAGACAUCUCCUGGCUUCGAAGGAGCGUCCCACGCACAGAAUGGUUUACAAACCCAACCACCGUGAAUGCCUUCUACAGUUCAUCCACAAAUCAAAUCAGAUUCCCUGCUGGAGAGCUUCAAAAGCCCUUCUUCUGGGGAAGGGAGUAUCCAAGAUCUUUAAGUUACGGUGCCAUCGGGGUGAUAGUCGGACACGAGCUAACUCAUGGGUUUGACAACAACGGUCGCAAAUAUGACAAAAAUGGUAAUAUGGACCAGUGGUGGAGUAACUCAUCUGUAACUGCCUUUAACAAGAAAACUCAGUGUAUGAUUGAUCAGUAUAAUGAAUACUACUGGAAGGAAGCAGGUCUAAAUGUGCGCGGUAAGAGGACCUUGGCUGAAAAUAUAGCAGACAACGGGGGAAUAAGAGAAGCAUUCAGGGCCUACAGGCGGUGGGUGGACAACAGCAGAGGUGGCGUGGAGGAGCCUCUACUGCCAGGAGUUGAACUGAACAACAAUCAGCUAUUCUUCUUGAGCUACGCACAUGUUAGAUGUAACUCAUACAGACCAGAAGCAGCCAGAGAGCAGAUCCAUAGUGGAGCUCACAGUCCUCCUAAAUACAGAGUCAUCGGAGUGAUGAGCAACUAUGAGGAGUUUCGGAAAGCCUUCAACUGUCCCCAGUCGUCGGUCAUGAACCGAGGAGCGCAGUCCUGCCGCGUGUGGUGACCUCUGACCUCAUUCUGAAGCCCUGAACCAGGGUCCAGCUGUCAGUUGAAAGGGGUGGUAAUAUCUGAUGCCGUUGCCAAAAUAGUUUAUACAAUGAGGGAACAGCGAAAAAGUGAGUCGUGUUCGGGUAAAAAUCUAAACUUGUCAGAUACACGGAUGUUUUAGGUAAAAAAUUGAAACAUUUUGAUAGUAAAGCCAUUUUUAAUCAGUUUGGAAUAUUUUUUUAAAUGUUUUAUUGCAAAACUCCUAAAUGAAUCAAUCUUUAAAGGACCACUAUUUAGGGAUUAUGCAAUAAAAACACUGUUUAUCAAUAUUGAUCAAAUAAUCUAUAUAUUAAUGUAAUUAUACAAUGUCUUCAACUUUUAUACUAAUUAAAAAGCAUUCUGGGUAUAACUGAAGGAAGAGGGGUAUGGCAUUAGAUUAAAAACACUGUAAACCAAAGACAAUUCAUGUUUGAGCCUAAAUGUUUCCUUUCUCUGUGCAUUUCUUUAUGUGAAAAAUCAACACUGAAACAAUAAAAAAAACUUUCUGGAAUAUUUUUCAAACUUAAACUGUCAAACAGCAGGUAUACAUGUUUUUUAUUAUUAUUAUUAUUAUUAUUAUACAGGGCCAAAAAUGUAUUUGGUGUUGAGGUUUUAGGUUUUAUCAUGUUUCUGUGCUUCGUGUUUUAUAUCUCGGUCUUGUGUCUGGCUCCUAUAUUUACUGUGCAGCUUGGAGUGAAGUUAAUUAAAUCAAAGAAUUACUGGAACGCAAAGUGAACUUCGAAUUUUAGAGGAAAGUUUAAGCAUAGUUUGAAUGCUUGUGAUUCUUUAAAGACACAAAUAAAAGUUAACAGUUAAACUAUCUGCACCUCUAAAUGUCUUAAAAACACUCAAACAUCUAUAAAUGAUAGCAUUAGAAAUAUUUUAGUACAUUUUGGUGUCAUUUACUCAUUUACUGUUUUUAAUCUGGAAAUAAUUUUUGUACCAGAAGUAAUCAGAGACAAACAAAUGAGAUUAAACAUUUCAUAAUUUUCUGUUUUUUAUCACACAUUGGGAUCAAUAAAUGGAGGAAUGUGGUUGUUGUGACGCAUAACGAUUCAUAUCAUUCUAACAUGUAAAUUGAAAAAAGGAAAAUGCUCACCUUGCUGGUUAAAUCAGCCAUGUUUCCUUUUUUUCUACUGGAGCCAAACUGGUGUGCUUUACUGACAACAUUACUGAUGUAUGAAAUGUUUGGUAGCCAUGUUUAAGACUACAUUUGCUCUGAAGCAUCUGAUGUGAGUUCAUUCAAGGGGCAUUUGUGGCACUCGAAAUUAUUUUGUGCGGCCUUGACUACGACCAUGAUUCAAAUUAAUGCGGAUACAUUUUCCACAGAUGCAAAGCUUUAAAAAAUAUGCAAACAAUUUAAAAUCUUGAAAUCCACAAUUUAAGGAAAAACACAAGCCACGCUGGAGGGACUAUGUCUCUCGGCUGGCCUGGGAACGCCUUGGGCUCCCCCUGGAGGAACUGGAGGAGGUGUCUGGAGAGAGGGACGUCUGGGCGUCUCUGCUGAGUCUGCUGCCCCCGUGACCCGGUCCCGGAUAAGCGAAAGACGACGAGUACGAGUACAAGCCAUUAAUCUUUUAUUAAACAUGUUUUUUUUGCCUUUUUUUUAUUUGAAGUGAAACUAAACCCUAAAUCAAGGUUUUUGUAGAUAAACUGUAUAAACUGGGCCUCAAGUUGGCUAUCUUUAUGUUACUGUGCAAUUUUUUUACAUUUCUACAAUAUUUGUCCUAAACCCGUCUUAGUGCUGCCCUCUUUGGGUGAAUUUUCCUGUGUCUUCGUCACAGCCCCGCGUUGGUCUAUAAAACCAUCUUCAGACACUCAUCCCUGUAUUGAAGCAGGAGUUGGAAUUACGAGGGUUGAACUUCCGCUGACGAGUGGGUUAAAAAACCCUCCACCUGAAAAGAUCUAUCUGAGGUGAAACUAUCAGCGUCGCUCUGUUCACUGUCCAUGUUUCAAUAUGUCAAAUUAAGCUAACUGCCACUUUCCCUCGCCCUCCUGACCACAACCCCACUUAACCCCCUCUGCUCAUCCCCUCACUUGGCCACGCCCCUCAGUGUAUAUUGGCACCGCCCACUUUGGUGGCCUUUUCAAAAUGUCUCUGGGGGCGGGGUUAUGCUUUCACAUCGGGUUUAGUUCCACUUAAUAGUAAAAAGGACCCCAAACAUCCAGCGACUUCUACUCGAAAGCAGACUUGGGUACAACCAUUUAGUAAACAGCUGGAUGAAGCACUUUCUUUUUUGUGGCUCACAAAAAAUGUAGAUGAAAAUAAUUGAGAACAAUUGACUCUUUUGUGGUUGGAACUUGGGACAUUGUAUUCUGGGUUUUUUGUUUUGGUCCUCUUUUUAAACAGAACAAACAUGCUAGCGCCUUUUUUAUGUUUCGGAUCCAUUUUCUACAAUAAUCAGGCUACUUUGUUUUAUUCAAAUAUUGUGUAUUUGGUGUAUUGUUGAGCAGGCAAAUAAUAGAAAUAUUACACUAAAAUUGUUUCCGCAUUUUAUAUCACUAAGAAAAAUGUAAUAGUUGUGACCCACGGGUACUCAACUAGACAUUUGUUUUCCAAGAUGGUCGGAAGGUAUUUUCUGUGAUGUCAUUGUAACAAUCUUCACAAGAAAAAAAUGUUUGGAGUUUCUUUAUUAUCAAAAACCAACGGAGAAGACUUUACAGAGGUCUUCAGGAGAGGUUAUUAAAAAAAAGACUUCAGGGAGUUAAUGACAGCUGAAAAUGGGUAACAGUAAUAAAUGACCUGUUGGAGGUCCCUGCGUUAAAUGUCUUAAUUAAAUAAGCUGAAAACCCAGAUGUGCUCCAUCUAUUUUAAAAGAUUUUAAGCAGAUAAAAAAUACAUUUUAGGAAGAUAUUGUUCACAUGUUUGACUCACUCUUUUGUUCUAAAAGAAAACCAAAGCAAGUCAGGUGUAGCUGUACAAUGCAGUUAGUUUUGUCAUGAAAGUCAUAAUAUAUUUAUCAUCAUUUUUAUCUGCUGUUUUUUUUAAAUCUUUCAUAUUUCUGUAACUUACUGUGAAGAAUUGUGUUUCUACAAUGUAAGUGUUCAUGUUUCACCCUUUUCUGUUUCCUUGUUUUCUUUGUUUUUCUUGUUUCUGGUUAAAAUAAAACUCUGGGACACCA